UGACGUCAACCCGGUACCGACGAACAACCGGUAGGAUUGAAGAGAAAUCUCCACUGGCUCGUGGGCAAAUUGAAUUGUACAAUAUUUCUCUAUAAAACGUGCUAACAUCAUGCCGUUCGAUGUCAGGAGAUUGGAUAUAUACAGGAAAGUACCCAAAGACCUCACCCAGCCUACGUACACAGGAGCACUCAUCUCCAUCCUGUGCUGUGUUUUUAUGAUAUUCCUGUUCCUGUCUGAACUGACAGGAUUCAUAGCCACUGAAAUAGUCAAUGAGCUCUAUGUGGAUGACCCUGAUAAGAACAGUGGUGGGAAGAUAGAUGUGAGUUUAAACGUCAGUUUGCCAAACUUACACUGUGAUUUGGUGGGCUUGGACAUCCAGGAUGAGAUGGGUCGCCAUGAGGUGGGCCACAUAGACAACUCCAUGAAGAUCCCUCUCAACAACGGCUACGGCUGCCGCUUUGAAGGAGAGUUCACCAUCAACAAGGUGCCAGGGAACUUCCACGUGUCGACCCACAGUGCCACUGCCCAGCCUCAGAGCCCCGACAUGACCCACAACAUUCAUAAGCUGGCCUUUGGGGAAAAGCUGUCGGUGCUCCACGUCCAAGGAGCCUUCAAUGCCUUAGGAGGGGCUGACAGGCUUAGCUCCAACCCUCUGGCCUCGCAUGACUACAUAUUGAAGAUUGUUCCAACGGUUUAUGAGGACCUGACGGGAAAGCAGAGGUUCUCCUACCAAUAUACUGUAGCAAACAAGGAGUACGUGGCCUACAGCCACACGGGCAGGAUCAUCCCGGCCAUAUGGUUCCGCUACGACCUCAGUCCAAUCACAGUCAAGUACACCGAGAGGAGACAGCCCCUGUACCGCUUCAUCACCACGAUCUGUGCCAUCAUCGGAGGCACCUUCACCGUGGCUGGCAUCAUAGACUCCUGCAUCUUCACUGCCUCCGAGGCCUGGAAGAAGAUCCAGCUGGGCAAGAUGUCCUGAGGAGCCCAAACAAGAGCCGUGCGUUUAAUUUAUAACCGGGGGCUGGCCUGCUAGACUGAUCUCAUCCUGCUGCAGACGACGCCAUCCUUAGCUUCCGUUGUGGUUUCAACUGACCAGAGAUUUGGCUGACUCAGGACAGAUCUGCCUAGCAGGCCAGAAGUUUGCAUCUCAGUGGUCUUUCCUGUCUUCUCCUGAAUGGCAGUUAUUACUAGUGUUGGCCUUCAGGAUGGAGAUAGGAAGCCCUCCUUACACUAUUGAGAUGCAGGCGAAUAGGAAAAGAUCAACUGAAGGAAGUUAGCUGUUUCUUUGUGUGUGUCCUAUAGAACUUGUAUGAUAAUACUGACUCAACAUAACUCUAAUGGCCCGUCUCUUUACAAUCUGUAGCUCUCUUAUCACUCAAACAUGUUUAUACCAGAUCAGUCUUUUAUACCUUGUGAUGUGAAAGCCAAACAUCAGUGUUUGUGUAUCAUCCCGUCAUGUACCGUUAAUGAAGUUAAUACUGUCAGGCAGAGUAAAAAUCAUUGUGCCUUGAAACGUGGGUGAGACCAAUAUUUGAUCAGCUUGUGUAACCUUACUGUCCAACUGUUUCCUCAACACUGUCUGUAUUGUGGCACAAUAUUGAUAGCAUUUGUAAUGAGUUGUUCAGUGAACCAGGCUUACUGUGGCUUGUCCUUUGCUGUGCCAGGACAUUUGGUGUCCUAAAAGCAAAUCCGACAAUCCUGCCUGUUAAAGGUUUUAGUGUCCAAACCUAGUGUCCUUUGAUGGAUUUGAACUUUAGUUGACUUUUACUUAGCUGAUUUCCUAAUUUCAUGGAGUUUCUGCCAAAAAGAAGGUUCUAGUUUCUUAUAUUUUUUACUUCCUGUAAUUGUAUUCAGUACUUUGUAAUUGCUGGUUGAAGAUAUUGUUUGUAAGAUUGUUUCAAAGUUUUAGAGGGAGCAAUACUACAGUAAGCAACGAGAAAAAAAAGAAAAACAUUUUGUAGCUUUUCUUAGCUCCGUUAAGUUCCAAACGUUCACUUAAUUUGUCCUACAAAUAAAGGUGCUGUAGAAGCCA